UAAUGCCAUGUAUCCAUGAGGACAAAGGUCGUCUGUACACCUGUUCAGCCAUCAGACUGUGCAAACCGCGCGUCAGAAAACGCCCCUUUUUCCGUCCACCGUAAACCGAAUCUCCAAAAUUCUCUAAACCGUGCCUCGCCUGCCCCGGACAUGUGACCAGUGUCCCCAAGUCGGAAGGGUGACGAUUGGAAGAUGGACACUUCCAGAAUUCCCAGUGUUAGCCAACGAGAAGAGUCCGUGGACGAAAAUCGCGGUGAUGAGCUGACCAGUCCGGAGGAGAACAGGAGAAGAAGAAAACUCGUGUUGAAUCGAAUACGAGGCGAGCCGUUUGGAUUUGAACUGCAGACAUACGGAAUCCAUCACAGAGGUAGCCCGGAGCUGGAGUUGUGUACGUACGUCAGCCGUGUGUAUGACGACUCUCCCGCCUUCUACUGUGGGCUCACCCCGGGUGACGUCAUCCUGUCCGUCAAUGGUUCCGUCGUGGCGCAUGCGGACCACCAGGUCGUAGUAAAGCUCAUCAGACAGGCGGGCAACAAACUAUCCCUAAUUGUGCUGUUUGAAAACUGCAUCAAGAAAGUUGAGCUGGAAGUCAAGUUAUUGCAAAUAAAGAGACUACUCUUUAAGAAAGAAUUGGAACUUAGAGCUCUGGUGAUGAAGGAAAAACAAAUUCUGGAAGGUGUCACUGAAACAGACAAGGGGCGCUGGAGUGAUGCGACGAGCACAGGGUCUUCUACAAGAUCAGACAGAAGCCUCCACUAUUCAGCAGAGUCCAGGGAGGUUUUGGACAGUUUCACACAGAUCUCACUUCAUGAUUCUGAUCACGACAAUAUCCAACCAUCCUCUUUGCCUCCAAACCAGCCAAAAGUGGUACACUUGGCUCAACACAAAUGUGAAGAUGCAUCUAGCCUUAAACAUCGCAGGUACAAAAGGCAUCACAGUGACAAUCGUCCCCUGGUCUACAGCACAGGCACUCACCUGUCCAGAAUGACUUCCUUGGUUGAUCCUAACUGUAAAGGUUUCAAUGACAGGAUGACUCUACAUCAUGACCCAAGUUCCCAACCAAGGAAGAAGGAGAUUCACUCAACACAGAAGCCUGCUUUCAGGAGAAGCCAAUCUGCUUCAGGACAUAUCAUGAACAUAAGAGAGACAAAAAUUGGUUCCACUUCUCUAGGUUUCACUUCGAAACGAAGGGAGCCAUUACCCGUGUCUUUUCGGAAGACUUCACUUCCUACUCCCAAUGUCCCAACCACCAAAACACUAUUUCAAAACUCUCAUCGUUCCUACGAUUGGAUGACUCAUACGAAGGCAGGUGAUUUUACCACUACCAGAGCCUUCCCUCACAGCAAUAGUUGUUCCAGUAUCAGUACCAGCUCUACCACACGUCACAUGCAUCUGGAUAGCGCUACCUCUACAUGGUCUUCAGUUACUAAGGAUUUGCAUCCAAGACUACCUAGGUGGUCGAGUAUGGAAAAGUUACCAGAUUUCAGUGUUGACCAACCUUCCAUAGACUCUUUGGAAAUGAGUGGCAAUUUUUCUUUGUCUAUGGUGCCUGGUCUGGAGAGCCCAAGUGAUGAGAUCAGUAGUCUGUAAGGCCACACUAUUCUACAUGGAAGUUCUUAAAAUAUCAAGUCAUUGCAAAAACUGUGAGAAGGGUCUAUGCCAACUGAAGUGUGUACAAUACUUCCAUGACUGUUAUAGAUCUUUCAUGUAGCUCACAGUUAACGGUGUAUGAUAACCCAGGCUGAAUAUGUUUUCAAAUUCCCGUGUGACCUACACACAUAAGUAGGUGGUUUUCUUCAUGGACUGGUAAAAAAAAGGACCUGAAAAAAAAUCAGUCGACCGGAUAUUGGACAGAUUGGAAAAUGAACAAAUAAUAUCAGUAGGCAUUUGUAGUAGUGAAGUAGAGUUGAGAUUCAUCAUCAUCAUCAUCAUCCUUGCCGCAUGUCUGAGUUGAGAUUAUAGUCAUUUCUACCAAGUUUAUACAUUCAAACUUGGUCUAACGACCGCAACUACAUCCACAAUAUGAUCAUCUGCUGAGGACAACUGCUUUCAGUCCACCCAAAAAUUUCAGUCACCAUAGACACAAGUACACAAAAUGCAUGCCUAUGGCAGCUGUGACCAAGUUUACAUAGACAAUCAGGUCAAGGCUAGAAUUUGGACCUGGACCUGACCCUCUGGACCUGAAUUUUCUGUACCAGUACCCACC